GACCGGGGGGCCACGAGCGGACACCGAAAAAUGCAAUUCAGAAUGCAGAAGCUUGGAGUGUAUAAUUAAGGUGACGAGACUCCGGUCAUAGGGGAAGAGGUUUUUUUUAAACAAUUUGCCUGAUUUUUUUACACAGUGUUUAGGUUCGAAAAUGGACAGACAGCUACGUCAAGUUUGGAUUCACGAAGGUCAUUCGAGAUGGCGUGGACUGCGCGCAAUGUCUGCACUGCUCAGUGGUGAUGGCAAAUGCAUCACUACGUCCUUCCAAACUUUCAAACCAUCGCGACAAGGUGCAUCCCCAAAGGAAAGAUGAUAAUAUUGAUGCUCUGUCUACGAAACGAGCACGGUACGACCGUGAAGCGACACUUCCAAAAUUUGGAUUCCGGCCAGAAGAAAAACCUGCUCUUCAAUCCAGCUACGAAGUGGCAUACCGAAUUGUGAAGUGCAAGAAGCCGCACACUAUUGCUGAGGAACUUAUCAAGCCAUGUACAGAGAAAAUGGUGGAACUGAUGAUCGGACCAGAGGCAAAAAAGAAAAUCCAGCAAGUUUCGCUCUCUAAUGACACGAUCCGCCGACGGAUUGAUGACAUGGCCGCUGAUGUGUGCCGUCAAGUUUGCUGUGAAAUCAAGCAAAGCACGCUCCAGGCUAGCCUUCAACUUGAUGAGUCUACCGACACCGCUCUGGAGAGCCAGUUGAUCGCCUUCGCUCGCUACGAGAAAGAAGGAAAGAUGAAGGAAGAGUUCUUAUUCUGCAAUACCCUGCCAACCACAACGACAGCAAAAGAUGUCAAAGCCAUCGUGGACUCUUUUUUUGAAGUGAAUGGACUCAGCUGGCAGAAUUUCAAGCACAUUUGUACUGAUGGUGCCCCAGCGAUGAUUGGCGUUAAAGGAGGGUUCGUCACGCUUGUGAAGAAUGAAUGGCCCCACGUGACGUCUUCCCACUGUUCACUACACCGAUAUGCUCUUGCGUCAAAAACUCUACCGCCGCGUUUGUUGGAAGUCAUGGACGUUGCGGUCAAAGUGAUCAACUUCAUUCGUGCGAAGGCCAAAAAUCAUCGGCUCUUCCAACUUCUGGCCAACGAAAUGGGAGCGCAACAUGUGGGACUUCUGUUUUACACCAAAGUUCGUUGGCAAUCGAGGGGGAAAUGCCUCUCUCGGUUGUAUGAACUCCGGUUGGAGACAGAAAUUUUCCUGCGAGAGAACGAAACAACCUCCAUGUCCACUUCGACAAUGAAGAGUUCGUCAUGA